CUGGCUAGCUUUAGGCGUCGUAGGCGUCGAAGUGUUCGACAGGCAGCAACACUUUCCCCCGGAAGUGUCCGCGAAACUGGACGGUUAUUGGAAUUCGUACAAGAUGCGAUACAACAAAAGUUACUCGACGAACCUCGAGGAGGUCAGAAGGUUGGCCUGGGAGGAAAAUCUAGUAACGAUUUACAAGCACAACAUGUUGGCGGCUGCCGGUCAUCACAACUACACGCUACACGACAAUCAUAUCGCGGAUCUCGGUACCAGACAAUACAUGAGGGACAUGAUCAAACUGAUUCCUAGUCGCAAGCGACGCGUGUCGCAGGAACCUAUGGUCGGAGCAAUGUUGCACGAUCCUCGACGCGUUCCGCGUCGAUUCGAUUGGCGGGAGGCGGGAUUUCGAACUGACCCGCAAAACCAAAAGAACUGCGGAAGCUGUUACGCGUACUCCAUAGCCGGGAGUAUCCAGGGUCAAAUUUUCAAAGAGACUGGCAUGUUGGUGCCCCUCAGCGAGCAACAACUGGUCGACUGCAGCGCGUCCGCUGGGAACUUGGGGUGCUCCGGAGGAUCUCUGAGGAACACGCUGAGGUACCUCGAGAAGGCGAAAGGGCUCAUGGCUCAGGCUCACUAUCCGUACAAGGCGAAACAAGGUCCGUGCCGUUUCCGGGAACAAAUGAGCGUGGUCAACAUCACUUCUUGGGCGGUGUUACCAGCUCGUGACGAGAGGGCUUUGGAGGCAGCUGUGGCCACCAUAGGCCCCGUAGCGGCCUCCAUAAACGCUAGUCCAAAAACUUUUCAGCUCUAUCAUAAAGGGGUGUACGACGACGAAUUCUGCAACUCGGACAGCGUGAAUCACGCAAUGCUGAUCGUGGGAUACACGCCGACCGAGUGGAUCUUGAAGAAUUGGUGGGGCGACGAAUGGGGCGAAAACGGCUACAUGCGCCUGGCCAAAAACAAGAACCGAUGCGGCAUAGCGAAUUACGCGGCGUACGCAAAAGUUUAA